GGUGUCUGUGCUGGGGUUGGAGCCAGCUGCUCGUGUACCCUCCGGUGUGACGGCUCCGAGGAUCCCGGCUCAUAGCACGGUGCAGUAAUGUGUGACUCAUGACAUACAAAAGGGAAAGCAUUCUUUCCCACACUCCACCUAUUGCAUGUAGCAGUCUUGCCAGGAUACGCAAGGCCUUGGGAUGUUAGAUUUCUAAUUCAUUGCCGGCUCUGAGACAGGCAUUUGACAUGGAGACGAUCGUCUCAGAGGUGGAACCUGAGAAAACUUUGCAUCAUUCUGAGAUCAAAGACACCCUCGGCUCAACACCUGUUCUAACAAUCAACGAUGAUUCUCCAGUGAUCCCACCGGCAAAGAUGAGCCAACGGCAGGGUAAAGACGCAUACCUUUCUCCUACCAAAGACUUAGUCCAGGCUACGCUGAGCCCAGGAAUCAUUCAAAGUCAUGGAUUCGACAGGGUCAAGGAUGAAACCUUGCAAAGUAAAGAGGACUCUUCUAACUCCAUGUCCAAGAGCAAGUCAGAGUCUAAAUUAUACAAUGGGUCUGAAAAGGAUAUUGCCGCUGCCUCAAGCAAACUUACAAAAAAGGAAUCACUCAAGGUGCAAAAGAAAAAUUAUAGGGAGGAGAAGAAGAGGGCCACGAAAGAAUUGCUCAGUACAAUCACAGAUCCAUCGGUUAUUGUCAUGGCAGAUUGGCUAAAGAUUAGAGGGACGUUAAAAAGUUGGACGAAACUGUGGUGUGUGUUAAAACCAGGGGUCCUGUUAAUCUAUAAAACCCACAAAAAUGGACAGUGGGUAGGCACAGUUCUACUGAAUGCCUGUGAAAUCAUAGAAAGGCCAUCUAAGAAGGAUGGAUUCUGCUUUAAACUUUUCCACCCGCUUGAACAGUCGAUCUGGGCUGUUAAGGGUCCUAAAGGUGAAGCAGUUGGAUCUAUUACGCAGCCUCUUCCAGGCAGUUACUUGAUUAUCCGCGCUGCAUCAGAAUCUGAUGGAAGGUGCUGGAUGGAUGCACUAGAGCUGGCUCUAAAAUGCUCCAGCCUGCUGAAACGCACCAUGAUCAGGGAAGGUAAAGAGCAUGAACUGAACUCCUCUAACGAGAACAGCCACGUAAAUUUCUAUGGCUUGCUAAGGGCAAACAACAUCCACAGCAAUGAAAAUUUCCAGUUAAAUGACAGUGAAAUUGAAAGACAACACUUUAAAGAUCAGGACACUUAUUCUGACAAAUCGGACAAGGAUAAUGAUCACGAGGAGUCUGACAAUGAUGGGCUUGGCAAAAGUGAGGAGAGUGACAGCGAUACCUCAGAGAGACAAGAUGACUCCUUUAUUGACCCUGAACCAACUGAUAUAAUUAAGGAGACAACAUAUGUGGAGGAGUCGCAUGAAGAACUGGGAGAGGCCGGUGAAGCAUCACAGACUGAGACUGUUUCAGAAGAGCACAAAAGUUUGAUCUGGACAUUAUUAAAGCAAGUACGGCCGGGGAUGGACUUGUCCAAAGUGGUGCUUCCCACCUUUAUACUGGAACCUCGUUCUUUCCUGGACAAGCUCUCAGACUAUUACUAUCAUGCAGACUUCCUCUCUGAAGCGGCUCUAGAAGAAAAUCCCUACAGCCGGAUGCAGAAAGUGGUGAAGUGGUAUCUGUCGGGAUUUUACAAAAAGCCAAAGGGUCUGAAGAAACCUUACAACCCUAUCCUUGGAGAAACCUUCCGCUGCUUGUGGAUCCAUCCAAAAACUAAUAGCAAGACCUAUUACAUUGCUGAGCAGGUUUCCCAUCAUCCACCAGUGUCUGCCUUUUAUGUCAGUAACCGGAAAGAUGGAUUUUGUCUAAGUGGAAGUAUUUUGGCCAAAUCUAAAUUUUAUGGCAAUUCUCUGUCAGCUCUUCUGGAAGGAGAAGGCAGACUAACAUUCCUUAACAGAGGAGAGGAUUACACAAUUACUAUGCCAUAUGCACACUGUAAAGGAAUUCUUUAUGGCACCAUGACGCUAGAGCUUGGAGGAAAUGUCACCAUUACCUGUGAGAAGACAGGUUAUAGUGCCGUUCUGGAGUUUAAAUUAAAGCCCUUUCUUGGUAGUGAUGAUAGUGUAAAUCAGAUAUCAGGGAAGAUAAAGUUGGGGAAGGAAGUCUUGGCAACACUGGAGGGGAACUGGGAUAGUGAAGUGUUUAUAAACGACAAGAAGACAGACCUAUCUGAUACUUUUUGGAACCCAACAGCUGAGAUAAGGCAGGGCAGAUUAACACGUUGCACAGUUCUCCACGAUGAGCAAGGAGAGUUUGAAUCUGAAAGGCUCUGGCAGAAUGUUACAAAGGCAAUCACUAACAAGGAUCAGACCGAAGCCACUCAGGAGAAGUUUGUCUUAGAAGAAGCUCAGAGGAAAGCUGCCAAAGAAAGAAAAGCCAAAAGUGAAGAGUGGACUUGCCAUCUCUUUGAACAAGAUCCAAUCUGUGGAGAGUGGCAUUACAAAUAUGCUGAUUCUCGACCAUGGGACCCCCUAAAUGAUCUGGUGCAGUUUGAAAGCGAUGGUGCUAUCCAGACUAAAGUCAGGCAUAGGACUCCAAUGGUACGUUCGGGCAGUGUAAUUAGUCUCAGUAACCAAGGGGCAAAGCGGGAGAAAUGCAAUUAUCAGGUGUGUGUUCCGAAGCUCAAACACAAGUCAAGUGGACAGCAGAAGAAAGGAGAAAGUGGCUGCUCCUCCCCAGAACUGGAUAACCAGGAUUCCUCAGGGAGCGAAGCACAUCUAUUAACACACAGCGCUCGAAGCAGGAAAAAGGGAGCAGAUCACGUUGAACUUCAAAGUGCCAUAGAAUCUAUAAAGAAAACUCAAGAGGAAAUCAACCGGAACAUCAUCGCUCUGCGUAACCGCUUAACUACAAAUGCCUCAAACACAGAUAGCAAUUUUCUUCAGCAGAGAGACUACUGUAUUAUCUUCUUCCUGAUUUUGCUGCAGAUUGCCAUUAACUAUCUAUUCAAGUAAAAACAAAAAAAGAAUGUCUCACAGGGCAAUAUGUGGUAUCUGGAACUGUCACUGUUGGAUCGGGACCACGCUUAGCCUUGUGAUGAGGUCUACAAGCCACUGUAGUGCUUUUCAUCCUGUCGUGGAGGUCAAAUGAUUUGGACUUUGGAAGAAAUAUUGUUCUGCUGUCAAAUCUGUGGUCCUAGCCUCUGAAGACAUUGACUGCAUCAUUACCACACUCUGUCCAAGCUGCCAGUAGCUCAAGCGUGAAAGUGCCAGCACCAUCUUCCUAGCUGUUGCUAUGUAUUAAAUGUUGCAAUAUGUUGUGCUUUACACAUCAUACUGAGAAAGUAAUGCUGUAGUUACAGAUCUAAGAUGUAUAUAUACUUUUUAUAUGUAUGUAAGUGACCGUCUUUUUUUUUCACAUUGUAAAGAUUGAAAUGUUAUUGGUAACCUGAAAAUAGGUUGUAAUUAACUUUAAACUAUGUAAAAUAAAGGUCUAGUCAGUUCAUUAUGUAGAGUAGAUACCACACUUUGACCAAAUAUACUCCCUAUCAUUAUCUCUUCAAUUGUAGUCAUGGCUGUAGAGGAAAGUUGGCACCAUAAGAAGAAAUUCCAAAAUAGUUCUUUU